UGUCCUUCCCUCACCUCGCCCCCGACUCGUUUACAUCGUUGGUCGCGUUACCCAACAUUACCAGUUCCUUUUUACGUAUUCCCUUGCUUAUGCAUGUCUUAUAUCGAAAAAAGUAAUGAAGUAACUGGAUUAAACUGCAUCAUACUUGAGUCACUCCCAAAUCGAAGGGAGGAGUUCCUUCCAAGUAAGUUCUCUUCGUCACUGGCGUCAUAUGUGAGGGACUAAUGAAAUUAUACCACUGAAUAUGAGAAAAUAUAAAAUUGUACCAAAUAAGUGUGAAAAGGGAGUAUGUAGGGUAUCCGGGGCAUGUUAAUACGUCUGGCAGGGUUGUGAUGGAGGGAAUUCUGUGAGCCACUUGAGAACGUGUGGAUCGAGGGAGGGAAUGGCACGUUUGUUGUCAUGGGAGAAAUCCUGUGUGCCAUUAUGCCGCGGGAAUUUAUAGUUCACUGCGUUAUUAUUGCCCUAGAUUUAAUUAUUUCUUGUUCCUGAAGGAAAUUUGUGAGAGAACGAAUGUAUGUGAAUCAUGUACAUUCUUAUCAGCUGCGUAAAUUCAUCGGUGAAAGAAUGGGGGAGUCAGUGCCAGACACGCAGCUCCACCUACGAUGGCACUCACACACCACCACCUUCACCAGCAUGCUGUCAGAGCUGCACCAUGGCCGGGCAUACACCGAUGUGUCGCUGGUGUGUGACGGGGGCAUCGUGAGGGCCCACCGUGCUGUGCUUUCCCUCUGCUCGCCCUACCUAGCUGUGGUGCUGUCAGCGUGCCCAGACACUGAUGCCCCUUUACUACUGCCGGAGGUGCCUGUUCAGGAUGUGCUGUACCUGGUGUCCUUCAUCUACAGAGGCCAGGUGGAUGUACACCAACAGCACAUUGCAUCCUUCCUGAGAACUGCCAAGCAUCUUCAUGUGCUGGGCCUGGAAGAGGGAGAUCGGCUGGUUGACUCACCUAGCAAGUCAGACGCCAGCUCCUCCACCUCCGGGAGUGAGGCAGGAGACGACAUCAACACUCAGCAGUUCAUCAACGGGAAUAACAACAAUGAGAAUGAGGAAGAUGAAGCAGAGGAAGAGGAGGAAGAGGAGGAAGAAGAGGAAAUGAGUGAACAUACAGACAUCAAACCUGAACUCACAGUGAAGGAGGAGCCAGCAGAGACAGCAGAAGCUACAGCUGAUGUGUCCAGUGAUGGGAGGAUAGACCUGAACUUUUACCUCCAGCAGGCCAUCCAGAGUGCUUCAAUGCCUUGUCCAUUGUGUAAAAAGGAGUUCAAGAGCCAGUCAGGGCUGCGGGACCAUAUCCGCCUGCAUACUGGGGAGCGGCCAUUUGAAUGCGAGUUUUGCCAGAUGAACUUUGCCCGAGCAUCUCACCUAAAGCGCCACCGCCGCAUGCACACCGGCGAGAAGCCUUUCAUGUGUCGCAUCUGUGGCAAGGACUUCUCUCGGGGAGACAAGCUGAAGGACCACCUGCGAAGGCACGACGCCGAAGACAAGUUAAGUAAAAUCCGGAAGCAGAUCUACAGCCCUGAUGAAACCGGUGGAGAGGGUGAGUCAGAGGGCCAGGCUGGCGGGGUGGUGGGAGCAGCAGGCUCUCAGAUCUUAACCUCCAAGUCUGGCAGUAGUGGACCUGAACCUGGACUGAUGCCCCCUGCCAAGCGACCCAGAGGCAGACCCCCAAAGAACCCUCAGGCCCAUGCCCAGUACCAGCAGGCCAUGACACAGGUGCCGUCCAUGCUGGUGCCUCAGAGUGAGAACUACAUGCCUCACAUGCUGGGUGUCACCAGCAUUGGGGAGUGUAUUCUUAGACCCAUUAACUAGUGUUGUAUUCAUUUGUUGCUCUUCAUGUUAGCUAAUGUCAGAGGAGUUGUAAGGACCAGUUUAUCUCCUGAUGGAGUCAAUCUGUUAGGUAGGCUCGCUGAGUUAAUUCCCUUUGAAAUAUAUAAAAUGACAAAGUAAGAAAAUAUAUUCUUAUAUAUUGUAUAAUUCCUGGUGUAAAACCCAGUCUGUAAUUAGUUCACAUUUUAGGUCAACCAAUGUGCCAUAACCAAAUCAACAUUACUUUGGAAUGACUUGCAAUACUGUAACUUACCUGCACUGGUAGAGUAACACUUUGGGCUACUAGGGUUAUCAGGCUUCACUGCUGAAGACUUGUAGAAGAAAAGUAAUAUACUUUUGAUGCAAUAAUGAACAUACUGAGGAUCCUUGAUAUAUACAGGCUUGCUGCAUAGUAUUACUUACAUUUAUACCAUUAAAAGGCGUGUACUGCAGGAAACACUUGAUGCGUGCAGUGAAAUUGAAGAGCAUUGUGUGCUUGAGGUCACAAGGUGCAAGACAUGUGGUUGAGGUUCACAGGGUCACAUCAGUAGUCUGCAUUGUGGACCAACUGCAUCAAGCUUGCACCUCAUUGCUGUUGCUGUCAAGACUUCACUACAGUGUGCAGAUCUGAUUUUUGUUACUCAUUUUGAUUUGGAAAGUAAUUGCUAUACAUUCUCUCUCUCUCUCUCUCUCUCUCUCUCUCUCUCUCUCUCUCUCUCUCUCUCUCUCUCUCUCUCUCUCUCUCUCUCUCUCUCUCUCUGUUAUGAACCCAAUGGUGAACAAUGUCUUUUGUCUUGCUCUUGGGGUUCAGUUUUAAAGCUCCCAACUAUCUUUCCUGCUUCAUUGCCAUUUCUUGUUUAUGGUAGUGAAGUAAACAUUAUAACUUUAUCACUGCAUCUUGACAAUAUCUCAUCCUUGGAAGCAGCAGCCACAUAGUCAAGGAUCCUCUGUAACUUUGGGCUGCUUGGAAACAGUGAGGGUGGUUCUUGUGGUUGUUGUGUCACCCCAGGCCAUGACAGUUGACUUAGAAAUGUCAACGAGAAGAUCGAUCGGUGUGACUAGUCUGGUUUUCUCCCUAUUAAUGCAGAAGACAAUCUCCACAAUCAUAUGUUAUUUCUCUGUAGAUAGAUAAGUACGUACAUAAACAUAUUCAUUCACAUGUUCUGUCUGUUAAGGAGAGGUUGGUACACAUUCAAUAAUUUAACUCACUCUAUUUCAUCAUGACUAAGACUUAUCAGGUAUUCUCUAGAGAAUCUGUGAGGCUGCAGCUGCACUGAAAGUUGGAAACAGGAGCAAGAGAAAUGGAGCUUCCCAGAAGGUUUGUUUGGCUAUGCUUGGAGUGAUAUGAGGCAGCAGGGGCCUUGGCAAACACAAAGAAACAAGCUGUACUAAUGAUUUUAAUGCAUCAUAUAACUUUGUUGCAAUGCCAAGAUAAGACUCAACAAAUCAGUUACAUUACAUAACACAAAAUCAGCCAAUUUGGUUACUAUGAGAUGCUGUAGUGAUUGCAAGCUUAAUUAUAUGUUUUGAUAUUUAAUAGAAGAUAAAGGAACUGUGAUGGAUUUUAUUUAAAGAACUUCUGUAAUGUUCAUAAUGAGUUUUACAUAUGAGUAAUUACUGCAACUCUAAUGAUUGCUAAUGUAUUUCUUUGUAUGCACAAAAAAAGCUGCUAUUCUCGUUCACUCUUUGCUUUCUCACUCCAGCGUGGCCAUAUCCUAGUAGUUGCAGGGAGAAGAGUGGUUAGGUGAAGUAUGUGCUGUUGGCUCCCUAGUGUGGGUGUCCCUCAGGGAAAGAAUACACCUUGGUCUGUGUUUUGCCACUGGUCUGACAGUUGUGGUCUCUCAAACUUGCAAAUAUUUUGGAUGACUGAUUAUCCUCAAACUGGUAAAAGAAAAGGAUACGCUGUGAAUAUUGAAGGAGAUUUUAUUGGCCAAGGAUUUACUGAAGCAUGAAGUAAAUAAGUGUCUUUCAUCCCCAAAACUGCCUUGCUAAAUUGUCUUUGAGCUACAAGUCCACCCCAUCUUCCUCCGUCUUGCAAGAGAGUGUAGCUACCUUGCAUGUAACUUGUAACUACUCUGUUUUCAAAGCAAAAGUUAAAUGUGUACAAAUAUUCAAAUGGUGAUGGUGAUUAUGUUAAACACACAUACAGUGUUUGUAAUAUAGUGUUGAGACGUAAUAGUGCACAUAAUGUCAGAUCAUUAUUCACGCGAUGUAUGUACGUAACAUUAGGAACACGUCACAUGUACUCACUGUACCAUUACUCAUAUCAUGCAGACAUUCAUCUCAUUAUCUAUUACUAAACAUAGAUAGCAGCAAUUAUAUUUUGAUUUACUAUACUGUUAUAAUACUGUCCAAUUGUAAAGGAGUGAAUUUCAAACAACUAACUAGCACUACAGAUGUGUGUCAGGAGAAAUUUAUUUUGUUGUAUUUAUUGUGUCUACCUGCCUGGGUUGUGUUUUGUUAUCUGUACUAACCAACACACAGUGAAGAAAAAGAAACUUAAAUGAAACUAUUGAUAGAAGAAAUUGUAGUGCUGUUAUGUAAAAGUAUUGUUCAGUUGUACAGGAAUGAAUUUAUAGUUAUAAUUCUAUUGGUGACAGGUAUUCAAUUGGAGUAUGUAUAUGUAAUUAACGAACCUGGAAAUUUCAAGAGGAUAUUUUCAAACAUUAUGAUUGCAUGACUAUUUUUGAUGUGAAAUCUUAUCUUGGAAUUUCCACAAAGUUAAGAAAUUAAGAAGUAUGAAGAUAACUGAACCUAACUCAGAAUUACAUUGGCAGUUGUGGUGGUGGUGGUGUCAUCAAGGCACUGCACACUAACCACACAAGCAACACCGCCUCACUUAGGUGACACUCAGGCUCUCACUGUUGACUUUAAGUUUAAGCCAUUUCCUGUACUAGUUUCUAUAUUAUGUAUCCAUUUAAGUGUAAAGUAACUGAAGCACCUUAAUGACAUAUUCUUAAUCAAAUUCUAUGGAGUAGUACAAAUUAUUUAUAUUCAUCAUAGUGUCAGUAUGCUUUAUAGGAAGCAAAUGGGAACAUGAUAUGAAGAGGACUGUUGUACGUGGUCUUUCCCUGCUGUGGCAUCAGGAAUAACAAAAGCUGUGGUUGACUUGACAGACUCGUUAUGCUAUCAGUGUGUGUGGAUGUGCUUGCAAAACAUUGGUGAGCCAAGCUGGACCUCAUGGUCACAGUGUUAGAUGCUUUAUUGAGCAGACUACAAAUCUCUCCUUGAUCUCUAUGACUGCCAUCUCACCUCUAGAUAUCCUCCUUUUCCCCCUCUAUUGCUCUUCCUCAUUUUCCUCUUCUUCCUCUAUUUACAGCUGACAUUGUGCCUUAUAACUAGGGAUUAAUGUGUGUGUGUGUUUGUGUGUGUGUGUAAGAAUAGCAAUGACAACUGCCUGUUAUAUCACUGGCAUAGAGCACUUAUAUAGUAUAUGUCUAUGUAUAUGGCUUCUUGAACUGUUUAGCCUUCAGCAUCUCUGAUUACUCUCAUUGUUUUUGCAUAGGGAAGAUAAUUGAUGAUCCCUUCUGCAGAACCUUGUGGAGUUUCUGGCCAAUCACAUUCCUUUCUGUGCCUGUCACUGUGUUGUCCAUGCAUGACGUAGCAUUCCAGUAUAGUGAAAGGCAUGGUGCUGAUUCCCAAACCCACUAUGCCAAGAUAUAUAGAUACGAUUGUGGUAAAUUGCUGACUUAUGUAAAGAAUAUAUGGGGACUUUCAAGAUGGCGAGAUAUGCACAUCCAUAUAUUAUCUCUGAUCCAGGAAGGUACUCUUUCAUUGCACCAUCAAAACAUUGUUAUUUGUAGUGUUCUUAUUUACAAGGCUGCAACUACAGUAGUAUAUAUAUGCUAAUGUUAUAUUUUAUGUAUGAUAAUCAAUUCACUAGUGAGGGUAAUUCUCACUUAUGUAACACUUAAACAUCAUGUAAAAUUCUGUGCAAGGACUGGUGCGAAAUGGAUGAAUGGCGGUGAGGCGUGAACCAUCAUUGCAGUGUUAGUGGGCACCUUGCAGUGUCCAGGCCUCCUUGCCGGGUGGCCAGGCAGAACACAGGAAUGGUCUACCUAUAUUUAUUUGUUUAUGAGGCGCCCAUGAGGGAGGGGAAGUGAAGUGAAGUAACACACUGCUUGCUUCCUUCUUAUGUGACUUUGUUCUCACUGUUCCCUCCUUAUCAACCUUCUCAAUGUGUGUAUUUGCUUGCACACACACACACACACACACACACACACACACACACACACACACACACACACACACACACACACACACACACACACACACACACACACACACACACACACACACACACACACACACACUAGAGUUAAUCAAUUUUUAUUCAUGGAAAGACACGUAAGGAUGGAAACCAUUCCAUAUUUUGUGUAUCAUAUUUAUUUUGUGAUAAUGUAUGACCAUUCUAUUUUUGUAAACUAAGACUAUAAAGUGAUCUACAUACAUUCAAUCUGGAUUUUUUUUGUGUUAAGGUUGUAUUGUUAAUUUGUAAAUACAAACAUACCAACCCACCAUAA